AUCAGUGAAAGCAUUCAACAGUUCAUGGAAAGAGGUUUUUCGUUAUUACAAUUUUUCACUCGAUGUGGCUUAUUCUGUAUUUUAUGGAUUCUAUCCAAUUAUCUUCUCAUCUAUACCAUUCGAAAGCUUGAUACUACGGUUGUUAUAGCUCUUUUUGCUUGUUCCGUUUCCUUUGUAUACUUACUUUCCUGGGUUGUUUUACACCAGCAAUUUGUUGGAAUCAGAAUUGUUGGACUGAUACUUUGUAAUACAGGAACUGCGCUUUUGGCCUACAUGGAUGGUGUAAAUAGGACGACUCUUUCAAAUGUUUUGAUCGCAAUGAUUGCCUGUUGUGCUGCAGCUAUUUAUAAGGUAUUUUAUAAGCGAACCUUAGGAUACACAACAUUCGCUCAAACCUCAUUAUUUUUCACUUUGGUUGGUUUUAUGAAUGCCUUUCUCAUCUGGCCCAUGGUUUUGUUACUUUAUUUCACCGGAGCGGAAACACUCUCAUGGACUCAUAUUCCUUGGCUUCCGCUUUCAGGUGCUGCAGCCUUAAGUUUAAAUGCUAAUAUUUUGGGAAGCUUCGGUUUAUGUUGGACUUAUGAAAUAUUUUUAACCCUUGGACUUUUAUUUGCUAUCCCUUUCUCAGCUGUGAUCGAUGCAACUAUCUACAAAGUUAGCUUCAUAGAAAUGAAACUUGGUGGAAUAUUGUUGAUUAUGUUUGGAUUUGUAAUUGUUUUAUUGCCUGAUAAUUGGAACCAAUAUUUAGCCAACAUACUGCGAUCUCGAUUAGCUAAAUGGAAAAGAAAUGAACAGCUUAAAAAAAACGGAUCAAGGGUCCAGGAUACCUCGACGGCUCAACUAUCAAGACUGAGACACACCAAGUGGAAGAGUCAAAUGAUGAUUAAACCCAAAUUAUGGUAUUAAUUCUAAUAGCAAUGCAAGAAUGUCUUCAUCAACAUCAGCAUCUUCAACGAUUAAAACUUGAUUGAAAUAUAAAAAUCAACUGAUGUUAAAGAUGAGGCGAAGCCCGAGUGGGUUGCCCUGUGACCCAAAAUGUUGUCCUGAUCAAAACAAAAAUAUAAUCGCAUCAAACACACUUUUAAACACCAAACUAAAUAACCAAUGACAAUUUUAAAUAUAAUUUUGUCUAUCUUUUUUCUUGUUAUAAUUUAUAAAAGAUCAUUAUUUUAUUGUUAUUGCUAACUGUUAACUCUUUUUAUGAUUUUAUUUCUUUUGUUGUAAUAAGCUCCAUGUAAUGAUUAUGAUACUAUCAACAUGCAAUGUUAGGGCAAUCAAACGAGGAUAAGAAUUGUAAUUAUGCCUAAAAUAUUUCUUGCUACUCUCAUUUGCUUUCUCUAAACAAACAUUAUGGCAAUCAAUUUAAUUUAAUUACAAUUUCUUCUUGUUUCUCAUUCUAUUGAAAAAUAUUUCCAUUUCUGGGAAAUAUUUUACUCAAAAUGUAAGCAACGAAAAAUCAAAGUAUACUUACUUUAAUUUUUGCUAGUAGUUAAUCAAAACUGCUCACAUUAAAUGCUCUUAUUCUGUGAUUAAAA